UCAGCUUUCUGCUUCAGCUUAGGAUCCGAGCUGAACCCAAAUAAACCGAAAGGAACAAGAGCAGUGGAAAAGUUUUAUUUUAUUUAUUUAACUGGUAAAUAUUACCAGGUUUUUAAUUUUUGUAAAAAUGGCAAAGGAUUCUCCCGUGUCCUCUCUGGAUCAGAUCGAUUUCUGUUCUCUGAAGGACCCUGAGGGGAUCUUCGAACUAGUGCAGAUGGUGGGAAGCGGCUCAUACGGGCAAGUGUUUAAGGGUGUACAUGUUAAAUCAGGACAGCUUACUGCUAUUAAAGUCAUCAAUACGAUGAGGGCGGAUCAGGAGGAGCUGAAGUCUGAGAUGAACCUGCUGAAGACGCAGUCGCACCAUCGCAACAUCGCAACCUUCUACGGAGCGUUCAUCAAGAAAGGCACGCCUGUCCUGGGAGACCAGCUGUGGUUGGUGAUGGAGUUCUGCGGCGGCGGUUCUGUCUCGGAUCUGAUUCACAGCAGGAAUGAAAAGUGUGUAAAUGAGGACUGGACGGCGUACAUCAGUGGAGAAAUCCUCAAGGGUCUGGCUCACCUCCACAAAUAUAAAAUCAUCCACAGAGACAUUAAAGGCCAAAACGUGCUGCUGACCCAAAAAGCUGACGUGAAACUGGUGGACUUUGGUGUGAGUGCACAGUUGGACAACACCCUGUGUAAGCACACAUUUAUCGGGACUCCACACUGGAUGGCGCCGGAAGUCAUUAACUGUCAAGAAAAUCCUGAUGGUGCCUACAGCUGUAAGAGUGAUGUGUGGUCGUUGGGCAUCACAGCCCUCGAGAUGGCAGAAGGAAAACCUCCUCUGAGCGAUGUGCACCCCCUUAAGGCAAUGCUCAUGGUAGUGCAAAGUGAACCUCUGAUACUAAAUCCAGGCAAAUGGACACAGAAUUUCCAGUCAUUUAUCAAGGGGUGCCUGGUGAAGGAUCACACACAGCGUCCGAGCGCCAAUGACCUGCUGCAGCAUGCAUUCAUUUCCAACAUCCAAAAACAGAUCCGCGGCAUCCGGCAUGAGAUUGAAGCACACAUGAAGAAGCAGAAAGAAGAGAAGAAGCAAGCUGAAAUAAGAAGAGAAGUUCAGCGCAAGGAGAAAGACAGUGUUCAGGCCGGGUCACCUCCGAGGCACGGUGGUCUGGGUCCACAGAUGCCUAAUCAGGAGGAUGAGGAGUGUCUAAGGAGAAAGCAGCGAGAAAGAGAUUAUAUCAAGUCUGAAAUGCGGCGACAAUUCAAAAUACUACGACACAAACAACAACAACAACAACAACAUCAUCAUCAUCAUCAUCAUCAGCAGCAGCAGCAGCAGCAGCAGCAGCAGCAGCAGCACUCCCCAGGGUUUUAUCAACAAGACCUGAUCACUGAUAAUCUGAACUUUCCACAUGAACAUAAGAUUCAUCCUCCCUCACCCAACCUGCACAAGAGUAAAGUCACUUAUCCCUCAAAAGUCAAGCGCUGCUAUUCUGCUCAGCCUCAGAAGCAGCAUCAACACAGCAGAUCUCCCACUAGCCCAAUCCCCGUGCCUCAGAUCUGCGUCUCACCGCAGGAUGAAAUUACCAGAAAACUGAGACACAAAAGCCCAGAUUCAGCAAAGUGCAAUUUGAGGAAUUACAAUUCAUGGAACGCUAAUUCGGCUGAUGAAUACAAACGUCGCUCGACUUCGCACUCGCCCUGCCGGAGAGGAGAACGAGACACCUGCAGGGAUGAAAACGGGAACAGUCUGCGAAGAGGUAUGCUGAGAAUGUUCAGCAGUCAGGAGUGCUUGAUGAACUCUGGACAAAUCGAUUUAGCUAGUUCCGCUCCUGAAUGCUCACUUCAACAAAUGAUGGGCACUCGAGAGCGCCGCUUGUAUUCCGCGUCUGGUGGAAACCUCCUUGGUGUUCCUCAGCACUAUCUCCUUCCAUCUAUGAACUAUUUGGAGGAAAAGGAAAACAAUAAUAGAGGCAGGCGCUAUUCUUCACAUAAUGAUAUGGAAUCGAUAUGGCCUGAUGCUCCACAGAAAAUGAAACAUGGUAUUGUUAACUCCGUGAAGGCGCUUGUUAGAAACAUGGGCCUUUCUCCUCGUGCAUCACCACGUCAUAGUCCAGCUUCUUCUAGAUCUGCCUCUCCAAGCAGCAACAGCCCUACACCUUCCUCUCCCUACGGUUCCCCCUUUAGUCCGUCUGUAGAAUGGCCUGAUAGAUUUAGUUAAGCACACACGUUUCCCUGUAUUUUCUGUGUAAAUAACACAAUUUUCUCAAGACUAUGUUGACAUUAAUACUUGGAUAUAGUUACCUGGUAGCAUCUUUUGCUUAAAAAAAACAAACAAAAGCUUCCAAAUGGCGUAUUUAUUUGUUGGCCUAGCCAGUUUUUUUUGUCAGUU